UGACAGCCCCAGCCUGGACCGGCGGCGACUCCGACCAUCGCCGUCCCUCAUCCACCGGCAACGGCGACCGCCUCCAUCUCCCAAGCGUGACAGCGAUCUGGGGCGCACCAAGGUCCAUCCUUAGAUCCUCCAUGGAGCGCCGCGACGGGGAGAUCCCCACCAAGAGAUCCAAUCUCUCCGAUGGCGGCGGCAGCGAGGACCGCCUCAGCGCGCUUCCCGACGACCUCCUUCUCCAGAUCCUGCUCAAGCUCGUCGACACCGCCGUCGCCGCUCGGACCAGCGUCCUCUCCAGUCGCUGGCGCCGCCUCUGGACCCUCCUCCCGAAGCUCUGGUUUUACCCCGGCACCGAGCCCCUCGCCAUCCGCGCCGCCCUCGAAUCCCACGAAGCAGCGGCCCUCCGCGACCUCGACAUCACUUUACUCGACGCCACCCCCGAGUCCGUGGCGGGUUGGCUUCCAAUCGCCGCGCGCCGCCUCCCCGGCCAUCUAAAACUCGUCAACAUCUUUGAACCGGACGAAUCAGAUGGCCAGGCUCGGGAAAUAGUCGCCUUUCUGCUGCCCUGCUUCCAGAACGCCACCUCGAUCCACCUCGAACUGGGAUAUCUUGGCAUGGCCCUGCAUCCAUUGGGCGUAUUCGCACGGCUCACCGAUCUCAACCUGACCUGUGUCGAGCUACAUGGUCCGUGCAUGCUCGGCGAAGCUGUCUCCUCGCCGCGGUGCCCGUCUUUGCAGAGGCUCAUCGUCCAUGGCGCCCGCGGUUUGGGCAACUUCACCAUUCAUUCUCAUUCUCUUAAGCGAUUGAUGCUGAGGAAUGUGCACGGGCUGGAGCAGCUCACUGUUAUCGCGCCGGCACUCCUAUCCUUAAGUGUCAUCUGCUGCUUCCAUUCCACCACGACCAUGAAUCAACCUGUUGCAACCAUCUCCUCUCCUCAGCUGCUGUCCCUCAUUUGGGUGGAUGCCUAUGAUCCAAGGUUCACCCAGCUUGGCGAGAUGGAGAAUCUACAGCGGCUGAGCACCUACCCUUUUUUCGUAUAUGGACAUAACGAUUCGCAUAAAGUAGUCAAUAGCUACACCAUGAAGCUUUUGUCGCACUUUAAGCUCAUCCAGACUCUGAAUUUCAAGCUUCUCUAUCCACUGGAAAUUACUAACCAUGAGUACUUGAUGGAAGAUAUUACAAGGCUACCAAAUAUUGUGGUCAUGAACCUGCAUAUAGAACCAAAGGCACAUUCCUUUGGAACCAGUUUGUUCCAUCUCCUCAGUAUGUGUACUGGUGUCAGAAAGCUGACUAUUACACUUGACUGCAAAACUAGCCAUCCGGUACAAACUGUGUGCUCAGCAGGCUGUGUUUGCGAUCAGACCCCUAACUGGAAAACUGAGGAACUCACGCUGAAUUGCCUCAAAAGACUAAACCUUAGUAACUGGGGAGCAACUGACCAUGAAGCUGCUCUUGUGAAACGGUUACUCGAGUGGGCAACAGUGCUACAAACCAUGACAGUAACUUUUGACCGCUCAGUUGCUGGAAGCAAGGCCAAGGAGUUCUGCCAGAUGCUACAAAUCUUCUCAAGGCCAGAAAUAUGUAUGAGAGGGCCGCACUUUGUUUGAUCCAGUUGUACUGGUACACAUAGCACCACUUGUUCAAGGGCAAUUUGCAUGUUCCAGAAGCUUGCCACUUACGCUGGUCGGCUGGUGGUUGUUUUGUGGUUCUUAUAUGUCUCAUCUCAGUAUCAAUUGCAAUGUCUCUGAACGUCUGGAUCAGGUACACCCUCCGGUGAUGUAAAGAGGCUGUACCAAUAGCACCUUUUGCCACUAUCUUAUAUACGUUGCAGGAUGUACUAGACUGUUAAAACAUUCUUUGGUGGUUUGUUUGCUGUGCUCUUCA